AGUAUUAUUGAUACUUAUCACUACCAUUAUCAAUGUGAUAUAAUGUGUGAAUAUGGAAAUGUGUUGUAUGUUGUGGCUAUUAUUAAGUAGUAUGAGAUAUGUAUAACAAUGCAUAUGUGUAUGUAGGAAUAGGAGGCCCCGAGGAAGACCCAGGCUGGCUGGCCUGGGAACGCCCUGGGGUCCCACUGGAAGAGCUGAAGGAAGUGUCCGGAGAGAAGGAAGUCUGGAACUCUCUGCUCAGACUCCUGCCCCGCGACUCGGCCCCGGAUAAAGCGGUUGAAAAUGGAUGGAUGGAUAGAUGUGUAUGUAUAUAAUAUAUGUACAUGUUUGUAUGAGUAUGUGCACAUACCAUAACACUAUUAUUGGUAUUAGUAUUAAUCUCCAAGGUAAACUACGGUACAACAGUUGUUAAGUUAUGAAUGUGUUAGCCUAAGGUACAUCCCUGCUUAUUUAAUUUGCACCGAUUGUUUACUUAACAGAACUGCUUGGUUUCAGCAGCUGGCUUCAUUUACAAUGGAUUUGUAAGGCGGGUCGAAACACAUCUGGUCCCGUCGACCGGGAAAAGCUCUGCUCCUUUAACUGCGCUCGCUGCUGACUUCCACGUUCUUCCGUUCCUGUGCAGUAACGAUCAGGUGACGAGAGAAAGAAAGAUGGCGCGGCUGCAGCACCGAGCGCGGAAACCUAUGCUCAGACGACUCCUGGAUUGUAUCCUAAAAAUCUGCCAAACUUGCGGGGCUUUGAAACCCUCGGAUCCGGCUCAUUCUAUCGCUGCUGAUCGGUCAGGAGACGGCGAAGUCACCUCGUGGUUCUUCAUAGUCGCCGGGUUAUUAGCGUGUGGAGGAACGGGCAACGCUGCCUCUUGUCCAGUUGUGAUGAACCCACCCGCAGUCGUGGUGGAAUAUAACGGUAACAUCACCGUCAGCUGCUGGUUAUUAGCUGAGGACGCAAUAGGAAUGGGUUGGGAAUCGACAGCCGGGGGAACAGGCCUCAUGAAGAACAUUGAUAAAGUUACCUUACAAAUAAAGUCUGUCGUAGACUGGGCGUUGUCACCGAGGUGCUACGUGAAGAUGGCCGACGGCAGCCAGUGUGACGUUGUGCUACCAGUCACCGUUUACAAAAGCAUGCACAGCGUGUCUCUGCACAUGUUCCAAUCUAGCCCGAUGUUGGAGGAUAACCACUACAGCGUGCGAUGCGAAAUCACCUCCGUGGCUCCUGCUAGGAACCUCACCGUGUACUUGCACAAAGGCAACAAGCUUCUACAAGCGGAACCCAUUCUGGAAUCGAAUCCACGCCCGGUCCAUAAGGUAUCAGUCAUGAAUGUGGCCGUGGACAGAAACGAUGAUGGAGCUCAGAUCUGGUGUGAAGCAAAGCUGACGUUUCCACAAGUGGGGCUUUAUCUCCCCGCCGUGAGAUCAGGCUCACAGAGACUGAGCGUGGAGUACCCACCGACCUUUAUUCACCCUGAAAAUGAGACGUUGGAAGUUGCAGCUCGAAGUAAGCUUCAUUUAAACUGCACUGCUGAAGGGAAGCCUCCGCCAGACUACACAUGGCGGGACCUUCAGUCGGGCCAGAAUCUGAACGAGAAAGGGUCCACUUUGGCCCCAUCCUUCCACCUACAGGGAACCUACAGCUGCACGGCGUCCAACAUCCAUGGCAUCAGAACCAAGUACUUCACCAUAAGGGAAACCGCAGGGAAUCACCCGACGAUGCUUGUAGUCAUCAUUGUGAUAACCAUCAUCGUGGUCCGCGCGUUGCUGGGGAGUGGUCUCGCCAUCUGCAUUUUUUGCCAGAGAAGAGGUCACUUCCAACCCACGCCCUCCGGCAUCGUAUGAGCCUGAUUUCAUUUAUAUUUAUGGAACUACAAUCAGACUUUAAAAUGGUUUGGUGCUUGAAGAGCCCUACGGCUCUGGUUUAGUCUGCAUUAAUCUCAUGCAGACAUGCAAAAUCCACUUUUGGGCCAUUGUGGUACUUUGAUUUUCUGGCUCAUGUUUGCACAAUCUAGGUGUGUUAAAAGUGCACUUGCUACUUAUUGCACAUUUAGCCACUUUAGCCAUUCCCAUCUAAGAACAAUUUCAUAUUUUCAUGUUUCAAUUACUGCUUACGUUGACGGUAAACAGGCUGCUCACAGAACUGCCAUUCGUCCCCCGCAGACAAAUGCAGAACACCAAAGCAGUAUUUCUGAAACACACAACUGAAGAGAAUUUAGCACUGCUGUGUAUCACAGAACACAACGUGCUCCAGUGACACACAGAGGUAAGCUACUGCUGUGUUCCAGGAUGCUGUGUGCGCUCAGGUCCUUUACACUGUCACACUAUCCAGCUAGAACCAUGAGGUCCAUUCCCUGCCACCCAGUGUUGUUUUAACUGCUGUUAGCCAUUAGCUUUAGCCAGACAUCCGUCAAAAUUGAAAUCUUUUUUUUUUUAAUUUUAUAUAUAUAUUUAUAUUAUGAGUACUUAGCACUUUUUUACCAUGACAAGGCCAAGUUGUGUGGGUUGUUUUUUGUAAAUUUGCUUGAAUGUUGUUCUUUGCACUGGAGCAAACUCUGGAACCUUUGAUUAUGCACUGAAACUAUGCAAUGGGAAAUAAUGAAAAUGUAAUGUAAAUGAAAUUUGAAUGGAUUUAUGACAAUUACCUACAACGCUACACUUUGUCUCACCAGUCAAAGAAGUGCAAUAAUCAGUGUUUUCUAAGCUGAAGUUGAGGUGUAGGUUAAAAAUGAUUGUGUUAUAGUACUUCACCUAAAAUAAGCUAGUGUCUUACUGAGACAAAAUGCAAUUAAUUACUUUUUAAAAUUACUAUACAGUGUGUGUCUCUCUCUCUCUCACUCAAAAUCUUAUUCUUGAGACACAGGUAGGAUGGAACAUAUUAGUAAAGUUUGAUGUAUUUGUGAAUACUG